AUGUCUGGUAACCAAAAGGAGUCAAUUUUUAGGCAACAAUCGGAGCAGUCGCAAACGUUUCAGCAACAGCAGGGGCUUCAUUUUGGGAAAGAGCGCCCCAUGCCAUCUGAUUCGGAUAGUGUGGACCCAAAGGCACCUGUAGCAAACCCGGAUAAUGUUGAUUUGUCGAAGCUAACGCCACAGGAACUCAAGAUUUACAAGAUGUAUGGAAGGUUGCCUGGGAAAAAGGAUUUAUUCCAGCACAAGUUACAGGAGAGGAAGUACUUUGACAGUGGUGAUUAUGCAUUGAGAAGGGCUGGUGUGAAGUCUGAUGAUUUGCAGACGAGUCCUGUGGCUAACAAUAACCUGCCACUAACGAAUCCCAGUGGAUUACGUGAGAGUAUUAUCAAGCGCAGGAUGUCCAAUAGUGCAAACAGUAUAAGUACGUCGGACGCGCAUAGGCUGAGCAGACAGGGCAGCAUAUCUAGUGGGCCUCCACCAAGAUCUCCGAAUAAAUGA